UUUUUGUUAAGUUUCUUUCUUAACAGUAUCUUAACAAAGCGAAGAUGUUUAGCUAAAUUCUUGAAAUUACUUAUUUUUCUAAAACUGAAAUGUCGCUGACAAAACAUACACCUGAAUAGUAAAUACUGCCAGUGAUAUGAUAUUGUGCAUCUCGUAUUAAUGGCCAUUUCGGUUAUCGUACUUCUAGUUUCGAAUCUGUAGUUUGUCUUUAAAGCCAAAAUUAGAAUAGACUGGUAUAGGGGAACACUGGUUAGUUUAGUGAUUAUUCGCGAGAGCCAUGCUAUUGGCAAAAGAGCCGUCGAGAUUAUGUUAAUUUUAUUUCUCUUUUCUACUUAUCGUUUUAGGGACGAGUAAAGUUAAAAUACGCUAGCAUUGCUGUUCUGACCCUCAAGCUAACCCGUUCCGAUGUUAGAUAUUAUUUCAAUGGCAGAUCCUGUCGUUUAUUGUCGACCAAUUUCAGUUCAAAUGACAAUUUUGAAAUUACUCAUAAGCUAGGUGGGAGGGAAAAAAAAUUAACUAGAAUAACAGUCGAUGUGAUUUCCUUCGUAAAUUUAAUAGCGGUGUUUUUCCUGUCAUGUUUAACCCGUCACCUGACUCUUAACUGUAUUUUUGUAAGCGCUGUUUUAGGACAAUUAUUACUUUUCAUUAAAAUUAAUUCGGCUUAAAUAAUUAGAAAGGUAGUACAAGAGUGUAAAGUGUUGUUAUAUUGUCUCUUAGUUUUAAGCGUCAUAGAUUUGUUGCGUUACCGAAUAUUACCCAGUUGUGUUAAUACUACUACAGUUUGUUUUCGCAUAGAUUAUAAACACAAUGUCUGUCUCGAUACAGCUAUAAAUGUAAAUGACUUCAACUUGUUUAAACAGUUCGGAAGGAAUGGCUGCGAUGAACCCUGGAUGACGGCUGGUCGCUGCUUCAAGGAGUUUUCUGCUUCCUUAUUUUGUCAUGAAGCCCGAGUAUGACAGCCAUGGGGUUCCGAAACUGAGCUUGGCCAAUCCUCGAGCACAAGUUUUGUUCCCGACAGGGCAGUAUACUUACGCGUUUGGAAACACGCCCGGGUUAGGUUUAGCGGAGCACUUCGGAACUUCCAGAACUGACGACAGUUUGGAGAUUUUGUUGCUAGGCUCGGGAGAUGUUCGAAAUCUCUUGUUCACAGUCUCUGAACUUUCGCAGCGACAGUGCGACACGAUUCUUGCAAGUUUGUCUUUUCAUCUUAAUGAUCACGACCCAUCAAUACUCGCCCGUGAUGCCAUCAUUUUAGAGGUCGCGCUAUCUAUAAAUCCUGACAGUGAGUUGGAUGUGGAGUUCUUGUGGAAUCUGUGGUAUGAUUUAGCGCUCUCUGGCGAGGAAUCAAAGCGGCUGCAAGCGAUUCUUGAAAAUCUCACUUCGCCCAAAUAUGCGAGCAACGUGUUGCAGUUUGGUUCUAAGGACGUGUUUACAGAAUGUCUACAAAUAUGGAACGAUUGGCUUCGACUGGAAUUGAAUAUUGAUGAUGUUUCAACACAGCGGAAAAGUUUAAUGGUUUUUGGACUGAAUUUGACACAGCAUGAAAAUCAGCCGGACAUAAAGGAGGAAAACAUGAACUUUCUUACUGCAGUUUCCUCGCUUACUAACACAACAAUGAAACAACUGUUCUCGCCAAUUGACGAACAAAAGCUUGGUCGCAAAUGUCUACAACGGCCUAGCCCGUUGUAUCAAGAAGUCUAUUCAUAUUUCUUAAGCGGUUGUACUUCGGAGGUUCACACUAGUUCAAAAGUAAACCCGACUCUUAUUCGUCCGUUUGAACACAAGUGGAAGGUCCAUUAUGGGAGCUGUCCUUUUUCAGGCUUCAUUCCAAUUGACAGGACUCGCUUUCAAAACAACAAAAGUUUAACUAAAACUUGCAAGGAAAAGCUUAAGUCGUUGGUAAAAAAAUUUCAGAGCUUCGCUGAGUUUGAGUCUGAUAAUCCCCGUAUAAAGGUGACAUUAUGGAGUGGAGAUGCUCUCGAGCUCUGUCGCAAUGGAUUAACAAAGGACGCGCUCUUUGAUUUUAUUGACACGAGUAACCUUAGCGACCACAUUGGACUAUUGAACAUUCUAGUGUGUUGUGGCAGACGACUUAAAGAGCCAGGUCAGUCCCAAUUGUUCACAUCCACCAUGUUGUGGAGAGCGUCUGGUCUGUCGAGUCUUGACGAUUACUUGGACUCCAGUCUUGGAAUACAGAAGAGUUUGUUUCCCACUGUACUUGGGCUAAAGCUAGCAGAGGACUUGGAUCUCGGAAGGAGUGACGUUUUGGCCGUGAAGGAGAGUCGACGAAUAGAAGACAGGAUAAUUUGGGUAAAAACUGAACCAGAAAGGUCGCCGAUCUCUUUUACCCGUUCACCAGAUGUCUUAGCUGCUCUAAAGUCCAUGGCAGCCCGAUGCUUCAGAUUGCCUUCUCCUGAAAAGCGAUGUUUGCAGCUAAGUGGCGUGACCCUCUCCUCCCCUACGACAUUUUUUCUAGCGUUUCUGCAAAUGGCUGCGACUUUUGAAGAACACGCUGGACAGGCUCUGAGCUAUGUUGAGGAGUGUUUACCUUCAGCCAGACUGUUUCAAAAGCGAUCUUGUACCAAGCUCUGUGAGUUGUCAUGGAAUGUUCUCAAGUGCUUGGCUGGACUAUCUCCAGGUGUGGUUCUCAGAGUUGAAGUUCGAGUCACGUUCCCUACAAACGCUUUGUCACGCAAUACACCUGUCAUGCAGGCAGUGCUAUUUGAGGAUCCAAAUGAUGCUAGAUUUCUUAAAGUUUGGCCAGUCUCUCAGUUAGAACAAAGGACAUUUCACCGCCCUGUUCAUCUGUUUUACAACAACGUACGUUAUGAUUCUGAUCAGGGAAUUGUUACAUUGUUGGUACUUGAAGCAGAUUGGCAAGUCCUCCAUGUUGAAACAGUACUGAUUCUAAUAAGUUCUUCUGGCAACUGUGCAUCGAACGCUGUCAAAGUAAAGAAUGACUGCAAAACGACGAAGAACAACUUGUGCUGUUUCGCGAAUGAAACGGUGGAGAAACAAAACAGAAACGAUCGGGAAAUGGUAGAAAUACGUCGCUCCAAGAGACGUAAACCACGUCUGGCGAAAAACCUCUCUUGCGUUAACAUGAGCUGCGUCAGCGAUCACAGAGACAGCGGUCUCCAAAAGUACGACAGCUGCUACCGGCUUGAAAUCAUGUCCAGUCAGGAUGUCAUCAUUCAUAACGCUGGUCACGUGCACAGAAGUACAGAUUGUUUGGUCAUGGAAGAGAGGCACUCGAAGACUCCUGUUAGACUCUUCCCAUCAGGCAUCGAUUCGCCAUCUUAUCAGUUAAAAGAUGAUAUUUCACGGGAGAAAAUGAUAGCUGGUGACGUCAUUACUCGUAACGGUGGUCACGCAAUCGAGGGCGACAGUGACGGUUGUUAUUCUGUUUCCAGGAAACCACUAAAACUCUAUUUUUCUGCUCCUGUGGACGAGAAAACCUCUAAAGUUCAACUAUUAAAAGACAAGAAGAAACUAAGAUGCCAUUUUCCUAAGAGUGAAUUCGGGGUUUAUGGGCAAGCCUGCAUCAAACGACUGCCGAUCAUAGAUCUCUCAACUCUUCCAAAGUGGGCUUCGAAGGAAGACUUGAGUUUCUUGAUGGUUUUCAAUCAGAUUGAUGAGGAGGAAACAGGACCUCAGGACAGGACAGCAUUUGAAGAGUUUCAAAAUGCUUUACAGUGUGUUAUCGCGUCUUUUGUCGAAUAUCCACAGAAAAAUAUGUGUUUCACAAUACGGGAAAUUAGAAUCAUUAUAAGCCAUGCCAUGAACUGUACCUUAAAAGGUAGUAAGCCAAUAAAUGUUUUUAUUUUGCGUACGCAGGGGCAGGUUCUUCUAAAGAGACUCUUGCACACAAACGCAAAACAGGUCAAGCAGACUGAAGCACUAAGACCAGUGUGGAUCGACUCAAUCCUACAGCUCAGAUUCCAAGGAGACAGCACUCAGUUGGAAACCCAGGACUAAAAUGAAGCUGUUUCCUACUGCCAUCGUGUUUGACAAAUAAACAGCGACUGUUGGUAGUUGGUAUAGAUUGUACUCCGGCGCCAUCUUUACGGCACUCGACCGACACCCGAGUAACAGUUAGACUUUCAGUAAUGUUUUGCUCUGAGAGCAAUGCCAAGAGCCUUUUUUGAAUCACAGGUUCUCUAAGAAACGCUCAAUUAAUACUACUUUGGAAAUGUCCACAAUCAUAAGCAAAACUUUUCACGUAAUUCAAAUGGUUGUUUACGUGUAAGAAAUUGUGACUUUUCGAUGUAACUGGCUUUCAAAUCUUCUGAUUACAAGGGCCCUUGGUGAACUGAAGUAUAGGGCUUUCAACUAGCAUAGGCUUUUUGUAUGUAAGUAGUAUGCCAUCGCUGUGACCGGUUAAAGGGUGACUGAUUAGAAUUUUUGGCAACUUUGAGCCUUUUUCUGAGAAACGUUUUUACAUACUACGAGCGCAAGGCGUAGAUUUAUUUUUAAGUUUAUGUAGCCACAUGAUCUGAGCUGGUCUCAUGUUUGCGAAAUUGCUUUGAAAUAGUUUGAAAUGGAAAUGCGCCAUUUGUUUGUCAGGCUCUGGUAAAAUGUCAAAAGCACUGCACUGUGACUAAACUUUUAAAGCCAAAUGACGACAGGAAAUGUCUACAGCCAAAGCGGCCUAAAUUGAUGCACAGUGAAACGAAAAAGUAUAAAAUAGUGCGAAAACAAAAUGCGCCAAACGAACCUUACUGAUUGUUCUGGUAUUGGGGGCUAAGCCUCCGGAACGUUGCAAAAACAGUUUUGUAGAAUUGUUUGUGUUAACUGCGUAAAUUUUCGGUAAGAACAUUUUUAAUAUAAACCUGAUUUUAUUAAAUCUCACUCUGAAUAGUG